UUCAAACGUUUCUUCAGUUCAUGAGUUGAUCCAUCUUUUGGUUUGAUCAUGGCUGUUGUUGAGAAUGCUGAUGUGAAAGUGGACUCUUCUGAUCAUGAUUCAGACAAAAAUACUGAUUCCUUAAAAGACACAAUACUACCAUGUCCUGAUGAUCAGAAACCUAAAUCCGAUACCUCUGUCGAAAUUCCAAAUCCCACAAACCAAUCGACACAAAGAACCAGUGAUGAAGUGAAUUUCAAGAGUCAUUUGAAUCCAAUGGCUAAGGAAUAUGUUCCUUCUCCGCUUGCUCUAAACCACUCCGAGUUCUUAAGAAAUAGAUUAUGCUUUGCUAACUAUUUUCCAAUGCAAGUUAUUUCUAUUGAGGAGACCGGCCAUUUUGCUACAAGGAGAAUGAACUUUGACCAAGGGAGGCGAUGGAUAAAGAAAAGAACAAACUUUAGUCAGACCAGGAGAACUGUAUAUGUCUCAGACAUCGAUCAACAAGUAUAAAACAGUAGAUA